AUGAAAAUUUAUGUGUGUUUAGUUAUUUUCCUUUAUCAAUAUUUUUUUAAAACGAAAAGUCAUGUUUUUAUAGAAGCGGUGGUUAAUGAUAUCGUUUGUAAUGCUGCAUCUGGAACAAUAGUUAAUGAAGUGUGCAGUGCCGUGUCUCAUGCAGCAUGUAACACUGCAGGAACGGUUGCGUGCCAAACGGCAGGGGAGACAGUUUGCCAUGCAAUGAGUGAGGCAAUUUGCCAAACUACAGGUAAUAUUGCAUCCGACGCAGCAUGCCAUACUGCGUGUCAAUUAGCCUCGAGUACUGCAGGAGAAACCAUGUGCGGCGUCAUAUCUCAAAUUUCUUCAGAUUCUGCAUGUGCGGCUGCAUGCCAAGUUGCCAGUACAAUAAUAGCGCAUUCCUCAGGUAGUGUCCUAGCGGGCGUUGGAGCGGAGAUCACAAACUCCUUGAUUGCUAGGACUGCAAGUAAUCAAAUUGUGGCAGCAUCAACUGUUGCAAAUUCUGUAACUAUUUCAGUUACAAUUUCCACAGUAAUGUCUAUUUUGCAAGUAAUGAUUUCUUUAUUUGGAAUGGGAUUCAAUUUAUAUAGUCACAUUAGGUCUUUAAAUGCCAGAAAGCCAUAUUAUGUACGUUAA